AUAUCGCGAUGAACGGACGUAGAUUAACAUGAAGACCACAAAAGUUGUGGUUGUUGUAUUAGCACUUUUGUUGUGCUCGCGAGUAACACAAUCGGCAAAUAUAUUGGGCAUAUUUUCGUAUACAUUUGGUACUCCCUAUUUGGUUGUAAAACCUUAUAUAAAAGCACUUAUUGCCAAAGGACAUAAUGUCACUGUGAUUUCAUCCGUCAGAUUCCUACCCGACAUUGAGGGAGUACGACACAUUCGUGUUUCAAAUCUAGAUCAGGCGAUAGAGGAUAUAAUGAAUUAUAAUUUUGAAUCGGACUAUCUUACAAACAAAUGGAAAGGAGCAUUGUUGGCGGCCGGUUUCUAUUACAAUACGACGAAUGCCAUUUUAAGCGACUUGAAAGUGCAGUCUAUGCUAAAGGAUGAAAGCGAGCACUUCGACAUGAUCGUCAUGGAUCCGACAUUUUCAGAUUCACUUAUUGGAUUUGCGGCACAUUUUGACGCUUUGCAAGUGGGUGUGUCGGCUUUUGGAUCCUCGUGGUUAAUUGACUAUCAGGCUGGGAACUCAGCUCCCAGUAUUUAUAGGCCAAUAUCACCAAUGGGAUAUUCCCGUGGUGAGGGCCUGGUAGAUAAGUGGAAUAAUUGGAUAAUGAUAGUAGAGGAGUGGUUGAUGGAGCGACUGGUUUACCUGCCGGUACAGCAGGAGCUGUUCCGACGUUACUUUUCAUUUUCAGAUGCUACGUUCUAUGAAAGACGCAGAAACUUCUCGCUGAUGUUAAUUAAUCAGCACUUUAGUCUAGGCCGCGUUAGGUCUAAUGUUCCCAAUGUUAUCGAAGUGGGGGGAAUGCAUAUGGCAGAGCCAAGCGUACCCCUUGAACCGGAACUACUCGACUUUCUCGAUGGGGCUGAGCAUGGCGCUAUCUACUUUUCCUUGGGCAUGGAGAUUUUGAACAAGUGGUUGCCCAAAAAUAUUGAAAAAAAUAUGCUGGAAAGCUUCUCCCACUUGAAACAGCGUGUCGUAUGGAAGCACGAGUUGGAUACGCUGCCUAACAAGUCGGAUAAUAUAUAUCUGACUUCGAUGACAUCACAGCGUCUGCUCCUGGAGCAUCCCAAUGUGAAACUCUUUAUAACACACGGCGGUCUCCUCAGUCUUUUUGAGGCGGCCUACGCGGCCGUUCCCAUGUUGGGAAUACCCAUAUUUUUUGAUCAGUUUGACAAUGUGGAGCGCAUGAAACAGGCAGGUGUUUCACGUACUAUCGAUAUUAAUAAGGUGACCGCCGAGCAAUUAACACACAACAUCAAGGAACUGUUAGAGAAUCCCUGCUAUGCACUCAAGGCUAAGGAAUUAUCUGCUCGAUUUCGUGACCAGCCGACAAGUCCGCUCGAGAGGGCCGUUUGGUGGACGGAGUAUGUUCUACGGCACAAGGGAGCACCCCAUAUGCGCAUGACCGAGCACGAGAUGGGCUUCGUUCCUUACUAUAGUAUUCAGUUCUUUUCGAUACUCUACGGACGCAUUGCAUUUACUGCAUUCAUAGUAUUCAUACUAACCUUCAUGUUUGUCAAAUGCGUCUUGAAGGAAUUUCGUCGGUUAUUUCGCUCGCCAAUUUCUUAAAACUGCGUUGUACAUCCCCAAAAAAAAACCGUUAUUCGCCACAAGUAAUAUAUAUGUACAUAUGUAUGUUAAGUAUAUUUUACGAUCACCAUCUUGAUAUAUGUUUUUGUGUUUGAGCUUUGGUGAAAUCAUUAUGCCACAUAAGAACUGAAAUCUCUUUCGACAAUAAAUAACCGCACUUAA